AUGCCGAAGACGUUUACAUGCAUGUACCACAUCCUCGUGUUGAACUGGUUUAUUUUCCUCAAUCUUUACAUCUCACAGUUUGGAAAGAGUAAAGAUGGAUCCAAAAUCUUUGCCAAUGGGGGACAGUGGAAGUAUUUGACAAUCCUUAAUAUGCUCUUGCAGGCCAUUUUCUACGGGGUCGCCUGCUUGGAUGAUGUGCUGAAAAGAAUCUCAGGGAGAAAAGACAUUAAGUUCCUAACUGCCUUCAGAGACCUGCUUUUCACCGCACUGGCUUUUCCUGUAUCCACAUUUGUAUUCUUGGGAUUCUGGACCCUCUUUCACUACAAUCGAGAACUCAUCUACCCCAAAGUUCUAGAUGAUAUCUUACCAGUGUGGCUGAAUCAUGCAAUGCACACUAGCAUAUUGCCCGUCUCAUUGGUUGAAGUCAUCCUCAGGCCGUAUCACUAUCCAUCAAAGAAGAUAGGACUCUCCUUGUUGGCUGCCAGUGCCCUUGCUUACAUCAGUAGGGUCCUGUGGCACCACACUAAGACGGGUACCUGGGUAUAUCCUGUGUUCGAAAAACUCAGCCCUCUGGGUCUGGCAACCUUCUUCUUUCUCAGCUACAUCUUUACUGCCAACCUGUAUCUACUUGGAGAGAAGCUCAAUCACUGGAAAUGGGGUGACAUGAUGCAGCCACAGAAAAAGAGGAAAUGA